UGUGUGUUUACAAAUAUAGCUAGCCUAGCAGCGGUACCCAGAGUAAGUUAGCAAGCAAAUCUUUGCUACAUUUAGUAAUGAAAGUGGAACUAGGAUACGGAGCUAGUCGUCUUAAUAUCGACCCCUUGCGUGCCGGUAUACUUCUGUUCUGCACGCAUAAGCAAAGCAUAAAUAGCUCUGCAAAAAUGUUUAGCUCAACUGGCUAACUUAGCUAGCAAGCAGUGUCCGUUGUAUAAGAAAACACUAACAUAAUGUUAACGUUAUAGCUACCGUCAACUACAGAACAUUUGUAAAAUGGCAACGCUAACAAAUGUUGAUCCAUAGCUAUUGCUAGGCAGUUAGUUUUACAGCGAAAGCUUAUUUAAAAACGUCGAAGUCGGAGAGCCGUAUGUGUUAGCCAGCUAGACUACCUAGAUAGCCCAGUGAAACCAUAUUAGAUUUUUGCAUUUCGCAGCUGGUGUAGCCAAUUUACCAAUAGCUUGCAAGCGAGCUAGGCUAUACGUAAUUUAUGAAUAUGCUAAGUAGCCAGUUGUUGGUUUAACUUCUAACGUUUAGCAGAACUACAUUGACUUUAGCUAGCUAGCUUUUAACACUAAACGAAACCACAAUCUAACGUUAUACGAAUUGCGAAAGAUAAUGUGUUAGCUGGCCAAGAAGUUCUUGAGACCAGUUAUGAUUCCCCUUCUGCUUUUACAAACUCGCAAGAUUACGGCAAAAUUAGCUCGUCAAAAUCUUCAAAGAGUCUUUGACACGUUACCUGGAGGACAGGUAAAUCUGACAGAAAAGGUCGUUUGUCAAUCCUACGGAUUAUCUAAACUACCUCAAGGACAGGUACAUUUUACAGGCACGCAAACUGUUAGCUGCUCUGAGACGGAUAUCCACGUUGUCGAAGUCGAGGCCAGUAUGGAGCGUGACUGUGACCACCUGCCUGCACAUGCACCUAAUGCACUGGUGGAUAUAACCACUGAAGAGGACUGCUUGCAAUCUCGACCAUGUUGCAAAGCACGCAUCGAUCCUGAGCCUUCAGACUCAAAGAAGAGGGAACGGAGGAAACCCAAGAAAGCCAGAGUAAGAGGCCGGAAGCCGAAAGCAAAGUCGUUGGAAUGUGCCGACAGCCUUCUCCAAGAGCUUCCAUUUGCCAACGCCGAAACAUGGAAGGAUCUUGGCUUUAUGACCUCGGAGAAGCCCUCAGAGAAGAAGCGAAAGAGAGGAGACAGCGGGCGAGGGGAGAGUGAGGAGGACGGAGAUAAGAAGAAGAAGAAAAAACAGCCGCGCCCAAACUACUUUGUCUCCAUCCCCAUCACUAACCCAAAGAUCAGGGAUGGGAUCCAGGCGGUCCAGGACCUGGUGCUGCAGAAGGACGAGCAAUACUCCCGUGCCCUCAUCCCCGUGGGCAGCCUCCACAUCACCCUGCUGGUGACCUACUUGAGCAACGAAGAGGAAGUCGAAGCGGCGAGGCGUGCGGUGGCCGAAAUGGAGCAGACGUUUCGGGACCUCCUGCAGGGGCGGGAGCUGGUCCUGCCCUUCUUCGGCAUCGGAAACUUCCGGAACGAGGUGGCCUUCGUCCAGCUGGCCGAGGGUGCCCACGUCUCCACGCUGACGGAGGUGGCAGAGGCGGUGAGGAAGGUGUUCGAGGAGAGGGGAGUCUCGUCCGGCGACGGCAAAGCCUUCAAGCCUCACCUGACCUUCAUGAAGCUCUCCCGAGCCCCGAAACUGCGGAGCAAGGGCAUAAGGAAGAUCGACCCUGAAGCCUACGAGAGCUUCCUCCAGCACAGCUUCGGAGAGGAGACCGUUUCCAGGCUAGACCUCUGCUCAAUGUUGAAGAAAAAGACUCCGGAUGGGUACUACCACUGUGAGACCUCCGUAACAUUUGGGAGGGAUUCUGCUGUCCUGACAGUGGUAGGCAAGUCAUUCCACCACUGAGGAACCAGAACAGAAAACAGGCGUGAACGUGCAGCUCGACCGCCAGGUGCACGUAGAGAGGGAACCAUAAGGCGACCAGAGCUGGCAGACCGGAGUGGUCUAGCUGGGGAGUAGGGAGUGAUCAAGGAUUGUAUGCAAGCGGGGUGACAUGAGCCGACCUGGGCUGACUGGUGAUCAGGCGGGCUGCAGCAUUCUGGACCAGCUGGAGGGGCUUGAUGGCACAUGCUGGGAGACCGGCUAGGAGGGAGCUGCAGUAAUCCAGGCGGGAAAUGACGAGCGCCUGUACUAGGAGCUGGGUGGCUUUCUCCGUCAGGAGAUGACGGAUAAGGCGUAUAUUAUACAUAAAGAACCUGCAGGUUCUGGCAGAUACUUGUGGAGCCAGAGUGAGGCAGUUAUCAAGAGUCAACCCAGGAUUCUUUGCCGUACGGGAGGAGGAAACUACAAAGUCCUCAACAGUCAGUGAGAGGUCGAUUGACGGAGAAGACUUAGCAGGGAUGUAGAGAAGCUCAGUUCUGGCAAGGUUGAGUUCAGGUGGUGGGAAGUCAUCCAUGCAGAGAGAUCAGCCAAGCAGGCAGAGAUCUGUGUGGUGACCUGGGUGUCGGGGGGGGAAGGAAAUAAAGAGUUGGAUCAUCACCCCCCUAGUGUAAUUAGAGCUGCUCCUGGUGUAAUUAUGCUUGUUGUGGAUACCUGUGCAUGCUUGUUCAGCCCAGUUUAAACCCGGAAAAGGGGUUCCUUUAAAACAAGAAGCUUAAUUUAUACUGCUCCUGUAAUUGCUAAUGAAGUAUGGCAGCUUGCACAGUCAUUGUGUCAGGGUGCAAUGAUGUGCAUUUAUUUGACCACAGGGGCAGUAUUUUUCAGAAGAGUAUAGAUCGGGGGUGUCCGAUCUUGUCCGAAAAGGGCUGAUGUGUGUGCAAUUUUAGUUUUAGCCCAGCGCAGUGAUCAACGAAUGAAUUAAUGAACCAUGGUCUUCAAUCAAGACCUUGAUGAGGAGAAUCGGGUGGAAUGCUAAAAACAAAAACAAAAACCUGCACCCACACUGGCCCUUUUGGACUAGAUUAGACACGCCUGAUUUUGCUUCUGUACUGCUUUUCGUCAGGUGUACCAGGAGCAUCUGUUGAAAUGUAAACGGCAAAAAGUGUCUGAAAGCAUGUGUUUAAUAAAUAGCUAGGUUUAGCAAAUUAAGACAUUUGAGAGACAUUUUGCUUAUUGUCUUAUGUAAACGAAUGUAAAAAAAAAAUCAAGAAGUCGAUUGAAAGUCAAUUAGGAAUUUGUCAUAGAACUUCAUGGGCAUUUUCAUUUCAUUAAUCCAUUUUCGGUUUAUUUCAUGAAUUGCAAAAAAGGUCCAAAACAAUGCAUAGUAAAUAUGAUAGAUGAAGUAAUUGUUUGUUUGAAAGCAAUGGUACAUUUGAAUAAUGCUUGGAAAGUGCAGAUGCUUUGAGAUAAAAAUAUAUGUUUCUGGGAAGGUAAAUCUAAAAAUGUGGGGUUCAAUUCAAAUAAUAUCAGCCCUAAGCCCCCAAAUAGCAUAUGAGGUAAAUUACUCCCUAGUAGGAGAAAAACCCUCAAACAGGGUUGAAAUUGGAGUGUAAGAACUGGAGAUUGAUGGUGUAAGAAGUAAAUAAUGAAAUAUCACUGAGAAACCUUUUACAGCAUUGGAAUGUAUAGUUUAGAAGUUGUGUGUUGCAUAGAUACAGCUGAAGCUACUAAUUACAAAUUGGUUUCUA